AAACUUCAUAGUGAACAUGUAUUGUUAUUUUUGCAUGUUUUUGUAAAGUUUAUACUUUUAGAUAUGCUUUAUCCUGUUAACAAUGAUGUGAUAAUCAAAACCGAGUGCCUAUGAAACUUUGUAGUGUUAAAUAUAGCUAGAAUGAAAGUGGUUGAAGCAAAAAUAGUGGUACUAGGAUCACAAGGUGUCGGCAAAACAAGCCUUGUGGUCCGCUACAUUGGAAAGAUGUUUUCCAAACACAUCUCGCCCACCAUCGGGGCAUCAUUCUUCACAUGCAACAUCAAUGUUGACGGAGCCAGAGUUAAACUACAGGUGUGGGACACAGCGGGACAGGAACGGUUCCGAUCAAUGGCGCCCAUGUAUUACCGUAACGCCAACGCCGCGCUACUAGUCUACGACAUCACUAGCGUUGGUAGCUUCACUGCGAUUAAAACGUGGGUCAAAGAGCUACAAAGCAAUGUACCAGAACCGAUGGCGCUCGCCCUCGUAGGCAACAAGUGCGACUUGCACGAGUCCCGCGCGGUCCCGUACUCCGAAGCUAAGCAGUACGCGGCUUCCAUCGGGGCGCAGUAUUGUGAGACCUCGGCCCUGCACGACCAGGGCAUCGACCACGUGUUCCUGAGCACGGCUACAGCGCUACUGCACAUGUCGACCACAACCUUGAGCGCUUCGCUACGCUCUUACGACUCGGCAGAGGGCGACACCGAUAGGGUACCCACAGGUGAUCCCACAGAAGACCCGGCCACACACACGGGCAAAGUGGAGCUCCCAGCGUGGAGCAUCGACAGCAUCGCCCACGGGGAACCCGCCAGAAUGUGUUGUUAA